ACUCUUCUACCUGGGAAAGCUAAAUCCAAAAAAAAAAAUAAAAAAUACACAGAACCUGCCAUUGAAGACGAUCUCGAUCCAAAUCUGGUGGAGGAAAUUAAGAUUCUUUAAACAAAAUCGGAAAUGGAGGAGGAUCUGAUCAAGCGGCUUGAAGCCGCGGUGACGAGACUCGAGGCGGUGUCGAGGAGUGCCGGAGGAGCUUUUCUCUCCGGCGUCGGAGAAACCGCUGCCGAUGGCGCAUCCUCGGAUCCGGAAAUUUUGGCGUACGAGGAUCUUAUCUCACAGUGCGUCGGUAGGGUGUUGAGCGCGGCUGAGAACAUUGGAGGACAGGUGCUUGAUGCGAGUAAGAUCGUCGCUGAAGCUUUUAAUGCUCAGAAGGAGCUUCUUGUCCGCGUCAAACAAACUCAGAAGCCUGAUCUCGCAGGCUUGGGAGAUUUCCUUAAGCCGUUGAAUGAGGUAAUAGUGAAAGCUAACGCCAUGAUAGAAGGGAAGCGGUCAGAUUUCUUCAACCACUUGAAGGCUGCUGCUGAUAGUCUCACGGCAUUGGCAUGGAUUGCUUUCACGGGGAAAGACUGUGGUAUGAGCAUGCCUAUUGCUCAUAUUGAAGAAAGUUGGCAGAUGGCUGAGUUUUACAACAACAAGGUUCUGGUGGAGUACCGUAACAAAGAUGCAAAUCAUGUCGAAUGGGCUAAAUCACUAAAAGAGCUUUACUUACCUGGUUUAAGGGAUUAUGUGAAAGGUCAUUACCCCUUGGGCCCUGUAUGGAGUGCUACUGGAAAGCCUGUUACUGCUCCUGCAAAAGCUUCUCUACCUGGUGCUCCUGCUCCGCCACCUGCACCAUCAGCACCUCUCUUCAGUUCUGAAUCUUCUAAGCCUUCAUCGUCAUCGAACCAGAAACAAGGGAUGACUGCUGUAUUCCAGCAGAUCAAUUCCGCGGGUGUCACAUCAGGUCUUCGAAAAGUGACUGAUGAUAUGAAGACGAAGAACCGUGCUGACAGAUCUGGUGUUGUCGGUGUUGCUGAGAAGGAAAUUCGUACCAGCACACAAGCCUUUUCGAAAACUGGGCCACCAAAAUUGGAGCUUCAAAUGGGCCGCAAGUGGGCUGUUGAGAACCAAAUUGGUAAGAAGGACUUGGUUAUCGACGAGUGUGAUGCCAAACAAUCUGUCUAUGUAUUUGGCUGCAAGGAUUCUGUCUUGCAGAUACAAGGAAAAGUGAACAAUAUUACUAUUGACAAAUGCACAAAGAUGGGGGUUGUUUUUACGGAUGUUGUUGCGGCAUUUGAGACUGUGAAUUGCAACAAUGUUGAAGUUCAAUGUCAGGGUUCGGCUCCCACGAUUUCUGUGGACAACACCACCGGCUGUCAGUUGUAUUUAGGAAAAGACGCGUUAGGAGCUGCCAUAACAACAGCUAAAUCUAGUGAGAUCAAUGUAAUGGUGCCUGGUGCUGACCCUGAUGGCGACUGGGUGGAACACGCAUUGCCUCAGCAAUACAAUCAUGUGUUCGAGGAAGGAAAAUUCGAGACGACCCCCGUCUCUCACUCGGGCGCAUGAGCAGAACCAUUUCUCUCCCGGUAUGUUGAUUUUUAUCUACAGUUAUCAACGUCUUUCGGGAUUUUGUUACUCCCUUCAACCACAGAGGAAAAAUCCAUGAUUCCCUUCUUUUUUUUUGGGUGAACUCUUUUGAUACGGCUGCUUUGCAAAACUCUGGCGGCGUCCGUGUCUGAUCGUUGGUUGUGUGGUUCUGUUGUUUCCGUUGGAUGUGUUUUUGGUUUGUUGUUGUCUUGAGUGAUAUGUGUAUUGAAUCAAAGUGGGUUUUGUUUUGGUCUCUAUGUUGAAAAUUGCAUUGAAGCAUUUGACCAUUAGUCUUUUUUCUUAGUUUUUUUUUGUGGUAUUGUAGUUUAAUUUGUCCUAAAUGAAUUUCAAUUUUUUUAAUCAUCUGAA